AGCCACUUAAGGCGGAGUUCGGCAACACUGUCCUGGGUAGUAAGUAGAGCCGGGUACAAGGCUGGUACCCAUUGCCCCAUUCCUAGAGUAUUAUGUUAUAGUCCCUUAGUGACGGGUCACAAACUCCGGGGGCAUGAAGGAAGAGCCUCAGUACCGUGACCCUUUUGUUCGGCUACGGACAUCAGUGUGAGCCCAGCGCUCCUUAGAUAAAUCACCUGCUGCUCAUCGGAAAAGAAAUGCCCAACUGACUAGAAGCCCCCGUGAGGACAGAUAUUCCUUCCCCUAGGGGCUGGUGCCAUGGCGCUGCGGGUGGUCCUGGUGCCCGUGUGCUGCCUGGCACUCCUGGCUCUACUAACACUGCCUACCAGGAGCUGUGGACCCGGCCGGGGACCCGUGGGCAGACGCCGCUAUGUGCGAAAGCAACUUAUACCGCUACUCUACAAGCAGUUUGUGCCUAGCGUGCCAGAGCGAACCCUGGGUGCCAGCGGGCAGCCCGAGGGUAGAGUGGUCCGGGGGUCGGAACGCUUUCGAGACCUGGUGCCCAACUACAAUCCUGACAUCAUCUUCAAGGAUGAGGAGAACAGUGGGGCUGACCGCCUUAUGACCGAGCGCUGUAAGGAACGAGUGAAUGCGUUGGCUAUAGCUGUGAUGAACAUGUGGCCAGGAGUGCGCUUGCGGGUAACCGAAGGCUGGGACGAGGACGGACACCAUGCUCAGGACUCACUACACUACGAAGGCCGGGCCUUGGACAUAACCACAUCGGACCGCGACCGCAAUAAGUACGGGCUAUUGGCAAGACUGGCAGUAGAGGCUGGCUUCGACUGGGUACACUACGAAUCCCGCAACCAUGUCCACGUGUCUGUCAAAGCUGACAACUCUCUGGCGGUGCGGGCAGGUGGCUGCUUCCCAGGAAACGCCACGGUACGUCUGCGGAGCGGAGAACGGAAGGGACUACGUGAAUUGCAUCACGGAGACUGGGUGCUAGCUGCAGAUGCUGCCGGCCGGGUGGUACCCACGCCCGUGCUGCUCUUCCUGGACCGAGACUUGCAGCGCCGGGCUUCUUUUGUAGCUGUGGAGACUGAGAGGCCCCCACGCAAACUGCUCCUCACACCUUGGCACCUGGUCUUUGCGGCCCGCGGCCCGGCUCCUGCCCCAGCCGACUUCGAGCCAGUGUUUGCUCGGCGAUUGCGAGCUGGGGACUCGGUACUUGCCCCAGGCGGGGACGCGCUUCGACCUGCGCGAGUGGCCCGUGUGGCUCGGGAGGAGGCUGUGGGUGUGUUCGCACCUCUUACUGCGCACGGUACUCUGCUGGUGAACGACGUCCUGGCCUCCUGCUACGCUGUCCUGGAGAGUCACCAGUGGGCUCAUCGUGCCUUCGCGCCCUUACGUCUGCUCCAUGCUCUAGGGGCUCUGCUGCCUGGUGGGACCACCCAGUCCAUCGGUAUGCACUGGUACUCCCGCCUCCUCUACCGCCUGGCAGAGGAACUACUGGGCUGAGAGUUCUAGGUGGAAACGCCGGAGCAGAGGCAGAAUCUUGGGCACAUGGAGAUUAGAGGAUACAGGCCAAAUAUGAAAUGUUAAGAAGGAGGAACAGAGAGAAAGACGAGGACAAAGGAAGAAGGAUUGGGUGAGGGGCAGGGGAGUUUGGCAAGGUGUCCUAAGGAGGAAUAAGGAGGUUGUGCAUUGAUGGAAGCAGUAUUUCCCUUAGCCACUAUUCUCUCCUUGGCCCUCUACAAAUUCAAUUUAAUUUGUUUAAAUUCAACAAACAUUUAUUAAACAUAUACUGUAUGCAGGGCACUUUACUAGAAGUGGAGGGAGAUGCAAAGAUACAAAUGUUACAGUCCUUGCCCUCAUGGAGCUUACAAACGCCUUGCCCCCUUUUGAGCGCUCUAGUUCCUGGCCGAUAAUUUUAUUUUUCUAUUUAUAAAU